GGCUGCGGGUGGAGCUCGGGCACCGGCUGCACGUCCGGCCUCGAAGGCCCCGCUUCUGCUUGUACACGUCUCCCGCACCACCACCACCACCACCACCGCCGCCGCCACCACCUCUCCUUCCUGGAGAGCGGGGGCCACUGCCGCGGCGAGGGGCUGCUGCGGUGCCUCCCACCUUCCUCCUUCUCUCCUCUAGCCCGGAGGAGGCUCGCCUGACGACGGCCAGGUUGCCAUGGCAUCCUACUACGAGAUUCUCGACGUACCGCCCAGCGCGUCCGCCGAUGACAUCAAGAAGGCGUACCGGCGGAAGGCUCUUCAGUGGCACCCGGACAAGAACCCGGAUAAUAAAGAAGUGGCUGAGAGAAAAUUUAAGGAGGUGGCCGAGGCCUAUGAAGUGCUGUCUGACAAGCAUAAACGGGAGAUUUACGACCGCUAUGGCCGGGAAGGACUGACCGGGGCAGGAACUGGUCCAUCUCGGGCAGAAACUGGUGGGGGCGGGCCUGGCUUCACCUUUACCUUCCGAAGCCCCGAGGAAGUCUUCCGGGAAUUCUUCGGGAGUGCAGACCCCUUUUCCGAGCUCUUUGAUGAGCUGGGCCCCUUUUCAGAGCUGCAGAACCGGAGUGCUCGACGCACAGGCCCUUUCUUUGCCUUCUCUUCCUCCUUUCCUGGGCCCUCUGAAUUCUCCUCCUCAUCUUUCUCCUUCAGCCCUGGGGCUGGUGCUUUCCGCUCUGUUUCUACGUCCACCACUUUUGUACAAGGACAUCGCAUCACAACACGCAGAAUCAUGGAGAACGGGCAGGAGCGGGUAGAGGUGGAGGAGGAUGGGCAGCUGAAGUCAGUCUCGAUCAAUGGUAUCCCAGAUGACCUGGCACUGGGCUUGGAGCUGAGCCGUCGUGAGCAGCAGUCACUCACUUCCAGGUCCGGAGGCACACAGGUCCAGCAGACCACUGUCACACGUCCCUAUGAUGGAGACCUUUCUGAGGAUGAAGACUUGCAGCUUGCCAUGGCCUACAGCUUGUCAGAGAUGGAAGCAGCUGGGCAGAAGCCCGCAGGUGGGCGGGGGGCCCAGCACCAAGAUCCCAGCACAGGGGGUACCUAUGAGGGUACAAGGGGUGAAGCAGUCAAACCCACUCCAUCACCAGAGGAGAAGGCCUCUCGCUGCCUCAUUCUCUGAACAACUGGCCCAGCCCAACCUGCUUCAGAUUGUGACUCUAGGUCCAGCUUCCUGUCAGGAAAGCAGAGCGGAGAGUGGCCUGAGUUGCAGGAUCCUGACUCUGUCCUUCCAAGUUUCCCUUCUAGACCUGCUACCCUCCAGAGUGUGGACCUGGGGUUUGCUGUGUUCAGCCCAGGGCUGAUGGGUGAAACCCAGGGUGAUGGUACCAGGGAAGGGAAAGGGCCUGAGGAGCCUAGUUGCAUUUAUUGGAUGGGAUGUUUCUGAGGAGCUAGUGGUUUGGGUUGGGCCUUUUGUGCCCACAGUCCUCUGCCACCUGUGUUGCUGAUGGGGUCAAGGAAGGAGGACUUGGCCUAGGGUGCUCUGAGCCGAAGUUGGCAGCUACCCCCGGGAGUAGUGCCGGCCGACUCCUUGCAAGUCUGCUCUCCUUGUCCAGCUGUAGACCUGUCCACCCCUGGUUUCUGUGCAGUAUUGAGCUCUGGUCAUCUCUUUGUUUCUUCUCUGGUGCUGCUUUCCCUCCUCUCACUGUGCUCUCUGCAACUCCCUGUGGACUGCAUUGCUUGCUUGCUUCCAUUGCUACGUGGCUUAGGACUCCCUUCCUUUCCUGAGAAGCCUCAGUGUGCCCAACAAGAUGCCAGGGCCAGUGGGCAGGUAGCCUCUCAGCCAAUCAGAGCUGGGACUGGAGUCUAUUCCUCUUUCCUCUUGCUGCCUCAGCCCACUCUGGCCAUGGGACUAGGCAGAGGUGAAGCUGGUUACCCCUGAACACGUGCAGUAGGGCCAGGGUGACCCAGAGGAAAGUCUAAGUGGGGACUGUAUCCUGUAUUACUUCUCCACCAUGCAUCAGGGUUCAGGGAGAGGCCACAGGACCAGUCCAGGUGUGCAUGCUUGGCUCCAUCUUUCACGGCUUGCCCCUGACCCUUUCUCCUGUCACCCGUCCCUGCUCUCU